AUGGAGACAGUAGAUGACUUCGAUACCAUUGGCGUGGAAUUGGAUGAGUUUUUCAAACACAAACAAAGAAGUCGAUGCAAAGAUGAGUUCCUAAAUACUCUCACGGACGAAGCGCUUGACGAAUGCACCAUACCUGAGAUAAACCUAUAUGAUUUUGAAGGAAUGUCAGAAGAUGAAGCACCACAGGAAAAGCAGAGUGAUAGUGAAGGUGACGAUGAAGACAAAUUGCAGUUUCAAUACUCAACCCUUGAUCCGAAGGUGAAAUGGAACAAUAUGAAGCCAGUUCUUAGAGAGAUGUAUGAAUCACCACACCAACUAAAGCUUUAUUUGACAACUUACUCUAUAAGUAUGGGUUAUCCAAUUAGGUUUAAGAAAUGUGAUAGUGUAAGGCUCGUGGUUGUAUGUGCAAGUGACCCUGAGAAAUUUCAAUGUCCCUUUGUUGUAAGGGACUCAUGGAUGAGCACUGAAAGAUCAUUCCAAAUCAAAAAAAUGGUUGAGCAGCAUACCUGUGUUAGGAAUUUCCAUAGUGCUAAUCUUAUGGAUCCCACAUGGAUAGCUAGAGCAAAGUGUAGGGAAAUUUCUUUAAUAGAUGGAAAGUUGACUGAUCACUAUGCAAAAGUUUGGGAUUAUGGACAUGAACUGAUGAGGUCCAAUCCAGGGAGUAUAAUUCAAAUAUCUAUCACUGUAAUAGUUGAAAUUGAGAACAAGCCCAACUGGCAAUGGUUCUUGGAACUAUUACAUGAUGACCUGGAAUUACAAGGAUGCUUGGAUUUGUGUGCUAUUUCUGAUCAACACGAGGGUCUUUUGGAAGCUGUAAAGGUUGUAUUGCCACAUGUGGAGCACAUACAAUGUGCAAGACAUGUGUAUGUAAAUUUUAGAAAGGUAUUCAGUGGUAUAGAGUUCAAGAAUAUGUUUUGGACAGUUGCCAAGUCAACUGUUGAAGGAGAAUUCAAAUUGAAUAUGGAGAAGACCAGAGAAGUCAAUCCUGCUGCUUAUGAUCAUUUGAUGGCAAGGGAGCCUAAAUCUUGGUGCAGGGCAUUUUUUAAAGGUGGAAUGUCAUGUGAGGUUGUUGAAAAUGGAAUGGCAGAGUGUUUUAAUGCCAUCAUACUUGAUGCCAGAAAGAAGCCUUUGUUGUGA